AUGGACCAGGCUGAGGAGUCGUCCUUGGGCGACAAAGGCGAAAAGGCUGGGGAAUCAGAAGAGAUGACCACCGGCCAACACAGAGGGAAUCGGGAGGAGACUGACGGGGAUAGAGAUGCGGACAAGGAAGCGGCGUCUGAGGAAGGCAAGCUCAAGAGUCAGGAUGUCUGGGAUUUAACAGCAGCUGAAAGGAAGACACAUCAUUACUUCUGCAGCAAAACAACUGAGAAUCAGUUAAAAAAAAACCUGAAAAUUGAUACCAAAGAAAAGAAGGAGAAGAAACAGAAAGUGGAUGAAGACGAGAUUCAGAAGAUGCAAAUCCUGGUUUCUUCCUUUUCUGAGGAGCAGCUGAACCAUUACGAAAUGUAUCGCCGGUCAGCUUUUCCCAAGGCAGUCAUUAAAAGGCUGAUCCAGUCCAUCACUGGCACCACUGUGUCCCAGAAUGUGGUGAUUGCCAUGUCUGGUAUUCCCAAGGUUUUCAUUGGGGAGGUGGUGGAAGAAGCCCUGGAUGUGUGUGAGAAGUGGGGAGAGAUGCCACCAUUACAGCCCAAACACAUGAGGGAGGCUGUCCAGAGGUUGAAGUUGAAAGGGCAAAUCCCCAACUCAAAGCACAAAAAAAUCAUCAUCUUCUAGUUCC